AUGAUCGGUUAUACUAACCCGGGAAUAAAUGGCUUCCAAAGAUUCUCGGAACAACCAAAGUACACCGAAGUGAAUCCGGGUCAGGACGCCCUACUAACAUGCAAAGUAAUCGAUAAGCGUGGUACAUGCUCAUGGCAAAAGGAUAACAAGCCUGUCGGCAUCUAUGCCAAAAAAUACGAAUGGGCUGCACGCCCCUCUAGCAGCGGCAGCGGCGGCCUGCAUCUGGAUUUACAUCCGCCGCCUAUGCAAAUUGGCGGCGACUGUUCGCUGUGGAUACGCUCGGCGACACUGGACUUCGAUGAUGGCUUGUGGGAGUGUCAGGUGACGGCAAGUGAUUUUACGACACAAGAUGCACUCACCAGCCAGCCAGUGCGACUGGUUGUCAGAGUUGUGCCACAACGUCCACGUCUGGAGUAUGAGGGCGCACAUGUGCCACCUGGGCAUAAUAUCACCAUCGACUCUGGCGCACUGGCAACCGUUAAAUGCGUAUCGCACUAUGGCAAUCCACCGGCGACGCUUAAGUGGUAUCUUGGUGACCAAGAGAUUCAACCCAUUCAUCCGCAAACCAACAACACUGAACCGGAUAAUCCUCGCACUUGGUCAGCUACAUCUGUAGUCCAGGUGACAGCAAUGCGAGAACGACAUGGCGAUAUAUUGCGUUGCCUCGCCUUUCAUGAGUCCUAUACGGCGAAGUCGGUGCCGGUGGAGGCGCGUUUGGAUGUGAAAUAUGCUCCAACCAUCCGUUUAAUUGGCUCACCGGAAAUCGACUUGGAGGAGGAUAAGGAUGCGCUUAUCCUGCGCUGCGUCGCCGAUGCCAAUCCACCGGCAAGCAUCGUUUGGCGACGCGCCGGACGUUCGGAAAUUGCCAGUUUACAGGAAACGCUGCAGCUACGGCCUGUUGGCCGCCGUGAUGCAGGACUCUAUACCUGCCAGGCGCAAAACUCUGUAGGCACCUCAGAGCAACUCUCCGUGCAACUGGACGUUAAAUAUCCGCCGAAAAUUGUCUCGGCCGGUCCAGAUCGACUUACUACAGCACCACUUUUCAGUCCAGCGGCAUUUGAAUGUGUCGCCGAGGGCAACCCAAUGCCCAGCUAUAAAUGGGUACAGAGAAUCGCCCACGGUUCGAAGUUUGUGGAACGUGGCAGUGAGCCGCGACUUGUCAUCGACAAUGUAACCUACGACUAUCAGGGCGAAUACGAAUGCCGUGCAACAAAUUAUAUCAACGAACAGGAACGUGUUGCUGUGUCCGAGCCUAUUUCGUUGCAAGUUGUGGGUGCUCCCCAAGUACUACGCCCACAUCCAUCCAUGCACACCAUCUCAGUGAAGCGUGGCGAACCGGCCACUAUGUCAUUGGUGGUAUGUGCCGAUCCACGACCACAUCGAGUCUCCUGGGAGUGGGGCUCAUUGCGGCUGGAAGCUGGUUCAGGAAUAGACCGCUUCCGCGCCGACGACAUGUUGCAGGACUCACGCGAGGAUUGCUAUCUCUCCACUUUGCAUAUUCUACGCACCGACGAACACGAUUCGCGUCCCUAUUAUUUGGUGGUGGAGAAUGAGCGCGGCACCGAUCGUCAUGCCAUACAUUUGAAUGUGGAGGAACCCCUGGAGAUGAGCUAUUUGCUUGGCAUCGCCGGUGGCUGCUUGGCCGCGAUACUGAUUUUAAUCUGUCUUUGCAUUUAUGCGGUGCGCAGCAAAAAGUGUUGCUUCAAGGGUAGUUCCGGCUAUAAAUCAUCAGAUAAAGACAGUGAAAAAGCUGAUUUGAAAUCACGUUCGGACAGUACCAGUGGCCCACAGGGUGACUCUAUAUAUACCACGCCAGCUGGCUUUCAUCAUCAUCAACAGCAACAACAAGCACAACAACUGCAACAACAACAUCAGCAACAACAAGCCCAACAGCAGCAACAACACCAACAGCAACAGCACCAUCAUUUGCAAUCCGCACACGGAUCACCGGAGGCAAUGAAGUUAACGAAUUUACCAAAUGCAAAUGACAAAAAUGAGCCUGAAGCGUUGAGUGCUAGCGCUACUGCCACCACCCCCACCACAACAAGUGCUCUUGAAACAAAUAGCAGUAGUCACUCUCUCACAAGCAUGACUACAGCCACUGCUGCAAUUAACAGCAUGUACAGAAGUAGCAGUGAGAAUUGCAUUUCCGCUACAGCUGUUGUCUAUACACUUCCCAUCGCAGCGAAGUCGACCGUGACGCUCACCACGUCCAACUGUAAUGUUAAGUCUUGUCAGACACUGAAUGAGAGUUUUGUUUGAGAAUGUAUUCAAUUUAAAUUUUAUAAAUUUAACAGCAAUGGUUUGUACAUCAAAUUUUUUUUUAUUCUACUACCGGCAGUGUUUGAAAUUCCACCCAUUAUUUGUUUUAAUUGAAGUUGUAUGAUUGAUAGAAAAAUGUUACGAAACACAAAAUUUUCAAACAAUUUUUGCAUUUUGCGUAUGAAACUAUAUCACACACUAUGUUAUUAGUUUAUAUUAAUGC